AUGCAUUCAGCCCGCCGCUUGUUCUAAUCGCUACAAACUCAUCGCUUCCUGACAGCUAGCAUGGAGCUGGAUUUUUCAGUUUUACUGUGUGCUGUAUAAUUCUUGUCAAGAUAGUCUAAGUGGGUCAAACUUCAGUGGUAGGGCCAGGAGCUCAUUUCUUCGGAGGUGUGGUGGUAAGGUGUUGCAGUGAAAGCCCCCAUGGAAAGAAAAUUGCUUAAGCUCCGGAAAAAAAAGAAUACAUAAAAAGAAAUGAUUGAGUCAGUCAAAUUAAGAAGACGGUGCAUGCUGGAUUUCUACUCACAUUAUGAACAUCUUUGUGAACUUCAAGGCUCUCUCCCAUUGAAAGCUGUGAAGGCUAAUGUGACUCGUGAUGCUGUUGAUCUAAUUGUAGAUCACAUCAAAGCUACUGAUUGGGCACCGCUUCUGAAUGCUCUCAGGCAUAAUAAGACUCUGACUUCUAUCAGAAUAAGAAGUUUACAUCAACAUGGUCUUGAAGAAUCUGGUGUGGAAAGAUAUAAAACUCACUUCAGAAGGAGAAUUCCAGCAACUCUGCCAAAAGACUUGACUGGUCAACUAUGCAAAGCUGUGAAGGGCUGUCUAAGUAUAUCAGAUGUACUAAAAAAUUUAGAACUGCAGGGUUUGCUCCUGAGGGAAGGAGACCUAGCACUUUUAACAAAGGGCUUGGCCACAGCUUCAUCUCUGGAGAGUGUCUCUUUAGCCCACUGUCCAAUUGGAGAUGGAGGGUUGGAAACAAUCUGUCAGACUAUAAAGAAUACAGCUACUAUCAGAUACGUAAACUUCACAGCAUGUAGCCUCACAUGGCGAGGGGCAGAACAUAUAGCAAAUGUAUUAAAGCACCAGGCAAUAAGAAGACAUGGUGAAGCUUGGGCUGAAAGCCUACGGUACAGGAGACCUGACCUUGAAUAUAUGACAGGUUUGAGGCGGAUUACUUUGAAUUGCAACAUGCUUAUUGGAGAUAGAGGAGCAAGUGCCUUUGCAGACUGUCUCGGGGAGGACCUUUGGCUAAAAGCACUUGAUUUGCAGCAGUGUGGAAUAUCCAAUAAGGGAGCAAGGUCAUUAUUAGAUGCUCUUCAAACUAAUACAACGUUAGUGGUACUUGACAUAAGAAAAAAUCCAUUAAUUGGACAUGGUCUGAUGAAAAGCAUUAUUGAAAGAGUUCUUAAGAAUGGAAAGAAUGCUGAUUCAGAGUUUAAGUGGCUGCUGUCUCCGCCUUCCAAAGAUGCUUUGAAAACUAAGCCAAAGAAAAGAACUAUUGUCCUGGGAAGUGGUCGGAAAGGAAAAGCUACUAUUCGUAUUGGAUUAUCAUCUAAAAAAUCUGUAAGUCCUGGAAAAAAAAAUUCCACUGUGAGAGAGAGUUACUCACCAAAACCACUACCACCAGGCACAAGAGGCUUCCUUCCUUGGCGGACUGCAGAACGUGCAAAGAGAUGCAGAGGCGGGGCAGUGGAUUGUGCUGGAGAAUUGCCAGUGAAGAUUCAGACAGGUGUUCCUGUGAAAGUGACACUAGAAAGUGCUUCCACAUCUGAAACUGAAGAUACAGAAGAUCUAGAGGAUGUUAUCCAGCAGCCUGAUUUGGCAAAAUCAUUAGAUAAGACUGAUGCAGCACAAUAUCAGCAGUUAGAGUUGGAGCUGGAAGAAUGCAUGGAAAAACUAAAGGAAGAACAGAAAGCUAGAGUAAAGGCUGAGGAACGAUUACUAGAGCUGGAAAUUGAAAAUGCAAGAUUAAGGAGUCUAAAUAUCUCCCUAUCCGAGGUUCUUCAUGCACAGUCAGUAACCAGCAUGAUUUUGGAAGAUGAAGGUGUUCUAGGCAGCAUUGAGAACUCUUUUCAAAAGUUUCAUGCUUUUUUAGACCUCCUUAAAGAUGCUGGGCUUGGACAACUUGCUGUAUUAGCUGGGAUAGACCAAUCAGAUUUUGGUAUUUUGGGGCAUCCACAAAUGAAUUCUAUUCUCAGUAAACCUGUGAACAUGGUAAAGGAGAAGUCUUUUGAAGAAGAAAGACAGGAACAUACCCAGAAUAGCAAAAACAGAGCUGGGGAUAUCCAACUUCCUCUUCCUGGCACAUUUCAAUCCCAGAUGGUUGUGAAUAAUGCCUUUUCAUCACUUAGAGAAAUAAGAGAACUUCAGGCUGCUGGACAGCAAUAUCAGCCAGGUUCGUGGAAGGAAAAUGAAGCUCAAACAAUUAACCAAAAUAAAGAGGAUAAGCCUCGAAGUAGUACUCCAGUAUUAUCUGAGAGGAGAGUCAAACAAAAUGAACAAGGAAAAGGACGUCACUCAGCAAGGCAGUUGGCUACCAGUCUGCAUUCAUUUACGGAUUCCAGUGAAAAAAGCAAAAGUGAUGAUAGCAGAAUAUCCAGUGGUAUUCCUGGUGAAAAAACCAAAAAUUAUUCCUCUAAGAAAUACAUCCCUGUAGCAAAUGAAACAGCAACUCCAAGUAACGGAGCAAGAGGAGACAAAAGUAGUCUACAGUCUUCCCAAGACCUGCUCUUCACAGUUCAGAACUUUGAUCUCUGAGAAACAAAAUAGCCCCAAACCCUUGUUUGAACCACCUAAGUGUAAGGUUUCAUCUCACUAGUUUGCUGGACCAGACAUCCCAGCUGCCUUCUGAAAUGCUUGCCAGUUUGCUGUGUCAUCAGCAUUAUUUGUCUUUUAAUGAUGACGUCCGUUUGUCAGCUGUGGUACCAGACAGAGAACUCGUGUACAUAUGCUCUCCUUGAGUGAGCUGAUUCUCUUCCAGCACUAGUUGAUCAAGGUUUUGCUGUCCAGCAUAAUAUGAAGUCACAAUGAACCUAAUAAAAGUUCACUGAAAACUCUUAAACUUUAUUUACACCUUUUCUUUUAAUCUGUCUUGUUUUUUCAGUUUUACAUUAUGGCUCUCUUUGCUUUUGUGUUAAUUAUGCAAUUCCUCAUUCAUCUGCAGGGACUGAUUUGUGGCACUUGAAGGGUCAAAUUCUAUGUCAAAUAUUAGAAGUCAGAGGCAUUCCUGGAAAUCAUGGUUUUGAAAGCUUUUAUUGGGUGACUAUGAAUAUUGGCAUGAUUCCACGAUGGAAUUAAUGUUUUUUUGAUGUAAUUAA